AUAGGUCAUCAUCUGCCAGAGAGAUCUGUCGAAUCAGUUUUCAAAAAUGUUAAAAAAUAAAAAAGUUAUUAAAAAAGCGAAAUUUGCGUCGCGUUUUUAUUCCAAAUUCACCCUAAUCAACUCUAUUAUGCGUCUUCUUAGCCGAUGGAGUGAUAUGUUUCAACUCCGGUUUAUUAAAAAUGUUUUUUUCUUUAGGCACAAAUGAACUACCACCAGUUCAGACACAGAGCCCAAAAAUUGCAUUCGACGAUAACGAAGGUGAAACAUAUAUUCGUACUUCACUACCGACGGAAAAAAAGAAAUCACCUGAUGCGUUAUUUGACGUUGAUAGAAAUCGACGAGCUUCCGAGGCUAUAAACCAGCAUAUUAUACAGCCUGUUGCAGACAAUGAAGCACAGUCAAGUGAUGUAGAGCCUCAUAUGGCACUCCACACAUUGUAUCUUGAAUUGAACGAAAUUGGAGAUGAAGGAGUUCGACAUAUUGCUAAUGGCCUCGCAAACAACCAGGCACUCACUACCAUUGAUCUCUCUUACAGUCAUAUCGGACAAGAAGGACUUGAAUAUAUUGAAAGUGCGCGCACAAUCAACACAGUAAGUCAUAUACUUUUGUUCUUUUUAUGCACAUUCAUUUCAUUAUUUAACAUUGACACUCACCACAUGUAUCAUCGAUUCUAGCCAAGUUACAGAACGAUCAGCUCUAAAUGAUGGAGAAAUCGACAAUAUGAUUGAUUUGAUUUGAUAUUUUUGCAAUGUAUUUUCAAAUGAUUGUUACAUCCUUUUCUUUUUGUUUGUUAAUCAUUCUUUGAAAAAAAAGCAAUAAACAAUGUGUUCUCUUUCUCCCCUAUUCCAUUCUAUACCUCCUCUUUUUAUGCAACAUAAAAUAUCAUGGAAAAAAGAGAAGAAUGCUAAUAACAUGAUACGACGAUAGCAUACAGGAAUAAAGUGAAUCUUCUUAUGUCAGACAAUGAUUUUGCGUUUUUCUGCAUUAGAAAACAACAGAUAACAAAUCACAUUAAAUCUUAAAAUCAAAACGCAACCUCUCUACUUUGCUUAGAUAUAGAUUCGAACUUGUGAAUCUUAUUUUCUUUGUUGAUGUGAUCAAAGAGCGAGAUUAAGAGACCUACAGAUUUAAAUAAAAAGUUUUAUUUUCUAAUGUUAGAGAUGUAAAUAUAUGUUAGAGCUUUCUGAAAAUAAUAUAACUUGUAGUCAGUGGCGUAACUAUCCGUAACCCAUCCGGUUGCAUGACCAUCAAGACUGGGGUAUCCCACAACUUCUGAACUUAUUUGGAAACCUUGGCCUGAAGUUGUGGGAAACCCCAGUCAUAUCACAUAAACCCAACGUGGAAUAAUUUUGAA